AUCUCUGCUCCCUCCUCCCGCCUCUGUCUCCCCUCCCUCGUCGACACUAGUGAUUCUUUUGUUGCGGGUCCUGUUUUUUCUUCCACAAUCGUGCUUCCAAAUCUUCCAAUCGGAUCCACUACUGUAGCAUUUUUGUGGUGUCCAACGGAGUUCUCUUCGCCUCGUGGAUACAGGCGAUAGCAGGCGAUAGACUGUAUCAGCUUCAGUCAAACAGCAAGGAUGAGCAUUGCCAACAGGUUGUCGAGGAACGAAAGCUCGCGCAGCUCAUUAUCUGAAUUCGCUUUCGAGAUGGAAAUGGAGGAAGGGGGAUGGCUACCGAGCAACACAGAGCUUGAGGUGUUUGCCUCGGACCUGAAACAACAGGCGAAGAGGCUGUCUGCACGAGACUCUCCAGAGAGUACGGAUGCCUUGAUCUUCAACUGGAUGCGAGGAUGCGACUACAUGAGAGUCGACCGGGGAAGCUUUCAGGCCGGCAGCAGUGAAGAAAGCGAGAAUUUCCAAGCCGGCUGCACUCCAGCGUAUUGAUUAUUGAUUGCUUAUCGCAUUGUUAUUCAUUCCUUACACACGCAUUAUUUUUGUAAAUAAUAAAUCAAGUGAUUCAUU